GUGUGGGACAGGGAGGGGGUGAUGCUACUGUAGCGAACGGUGGGACGGACGUGCACUUCAGUUUUUGGGCACGCAUACGGUGCUGCAGGGAUUUUUAGGUGUACCUCUUCGGGCUCUUGGAUACUAUUUUCUCGUUAUAUGUGUGCGUGUUCUUUAGACUAGCACUUACUUUCGUGACCACGGGCUGAGAGUCUUUUGCUAGAUUUUGGCAUUUANGUGGGACAGGGAGGGGGUGAUGCUACUGUAGCGAACGGUGGGACGGACGUGCACUUCAGUUUUUGGGCACGCAUACGGUGCUGCAGGGAUUUUUAGGUGUACCUCUUCGGGCUCUUGGAUACUAUUUUCUCGUUAUAUGUCACAACUAAAGCGAAAGGUAGGAGGCGGAAGCGUCCGCGAAGCGCCAGCGCGUGAGGGAAGCAGAAGCAGAGAGUACGGCCACCUCAGGACCGCAGAGAAAGAGAGCCGGGGAAGCGGCGGUGGGGGGGAAGAAACGGCGACCGGGCACUGCUGUAGAAGCGAGUAGGGCGGCCGAGGCAGCACUUGUGGCGAACUAUGUACCCGGCUGAUGUUGUUGCGCCCUGUUUCCCUCCCUGCUGUAUGCCAUACUCCUUUAUGUAUUCUUUGUAUUCCCUUCGGUCUCUGUGCUGUGUUUCUUUUUUCCUUUUUUUUUCAUGUCCUCCCUGCCUACUCUGCUGUGUUGGGUACCUUGAUCUCGCUUUUGCUGUAGCCUUUGUUUUUGUACGUCUGGCUGUCUGCCCAUCUGCCGCCUCUUUGUCCUAUUUGCUCCGUUACUCCCAUACCCUGGUGCGUAGUGCCUGGUGCUGGUACGUAACAAUUUGAUUUUUUCUUUGGGCGGGUGUGGGAAGCGUCCUCCUUUCUUUUUGUUAAAUUUUCUCUUAUUUUGAUCGGUUUCCGAGGGCGCUUUUCUCGAACGGUCGGUGCGAUACCUGUUCUUUCCUUUCUAUCAUUUUGUUUUCUUU